CGUCAAUUUUGCCCCCAAUUUUCACACCGUGUCGCCCUUCAAUCACUUACACACCAUCGCAAUCACUCCCACUUUCGUCUCCACCGAAUUCUUUAUUUCUUUAUUAUGUAAGUUUUUGAGUCCAUUCCAUUUACAUGUCAUCGCGGGAUCUGCCCAUACUUCCCUUUUUCUGAUCGGUGAUGCUUUUUUAGCUUUAUUUAUAUGUUAAGCAAAUUUGUAGAUGAAUUGAUAUGGGGACUGUGGAAGGAAGCCGCAACCACAGUGAUUCUAACCGGAAAAAUUCGAAUGCCGAUUCAACCGGCGCCGCAGCUCAGCAAAUUGACACUCAGUUUUCUCCAGGUUGUGCUUUAGAAGGUAGGCAGAGACUAUGAUUUCCUAAACAUCAAGAAUAUGCCCUUUGAUGAUACUUAUCUAAUGGAAGAUGAAUUUGAAACCCAAAUGGCGAAUCUUGCUGAGGAAACCCAAAUGGCGAAUCUUGCUGAGGAAACACAAGUGGUGGAUCUUGAAGGGGAAACCCUAGCGAUGGAUCUUGAUGGGGAAACCCAAAUGGUGGAUUUUGGCGACGAAACCCAAAUGGUGGAUUUGUAUGAGGAAACCCAAGUGGUGGAUCUUCCAGGUGAAACUCAGGUGUUGGAUGAGUUCAAUGCCGAACUUGAUCUUGCUGAAUACAGACAAACAAAUAAAACUGAUGUCACAUGUGAGACCCAAAGACUAUCAGAGGAAGACUCUGCUAAUAUUGAUGGCAGUGUCUCCGUCGAACUGGAUAGCACAGUGGACAAGGAUCCUCCCAAGGAAGAGGAUUUACCUCAAUACGCGCUGCAGCAAUUAGGGCUUCUGGUUUGGCAGCCCGUGCUUCCAGGGGAUUUACCUCAAUACGUGCUGCAUCAAUUAGGGCUUCUGGUUUGUCAGCCCGUAGCCGAGGAGCUAGUCAUGGUUUGUCUCCCACUUGUACUGAUGUAUCUUCUCUGGAACAACAGACACCUGAAGCUAGAUGGUUCGUCUCUUGUUGGACAUGUGUCUAAGUCUGGCAGGAAAAGUGAUGGACAUUUUCUUGAGAAUGACUGCAAUAGUGAAUGUGAGAGGAAUUCAAACAGAUACAAGAUUCCUUGUACAGCUGUGAGGAAACUUUUCGGAGAGGAUCAAGAUGCAGAAGUUGAUAAAUCAGAAACCGAAAUCAACCAGAAAGAUGAUAAUCAUGAUAUGCCUGAGCUGCUUGCUUCAGAUAGCAUGGCGGGUUUAAGCUAUGUCAAUUCUCAGGAACCAGGGGAGCUGUCACAGGCACAUGCACUUGAGGUUGUCGACAGGUUUCUUGAUCUUAGUUUCAUGGAACAUGAUGAAGGCUUUGGCAAGAAAGUUCAAGAUGUACAUAAACCAAAAGGUGUCUCUGCUGCAAAAGGUUCUCGAGAUUUGGCCAAAAGAUCUACUCUCCAAAAUACAGUCGGAGAACGUGGGAUCUAUGAUUGGGAUGAUACUCGUGAAGAUGAUGGUGGGGGAGAGUUUUUUCUGAAGAAGAAAGAACUGUUCUUCGACAAUGAAGGUCCAAAGCCGAGAUGCUUCACUGAACCUCGUAAAUCCAAGUCUCUUAGAGAUAGUGAUAAAAAGGAGAAACCGUGCACUAAGACUAGACUAGGGGAUUUACUGUACUCAGAUUCUGGAUUGUUGCAUAAAACAAGAUCAAAGCAAAACUCUCAUGGAGAAGAGGUGGUGCCGAAGAAUAUUAUAGAGAAUUUGGAAGAACAGUUACAUGUGGUGUCUGGGCCUGAGGUGUCAGAUAAUUGUGCAGACAAGAACAUUCUGGAUAUAAGAGAUAUAGGUCCUGAUACUCAAAUGGCUGCUGAAGCUAUGGGGGAUUUAUGUUUUGAAGUACACUUGUCUGACAGUAAUAAAAGUGCGAUAAAGCUGUUAGCAGCACAGAAAAAACUGCUCCACGAAAUAAGUCGAGAAAUACUACUGUUCAUUCAGAAGAACACUUGCCAUAUUCCACUAGUAUUGGAGUUGUCACUAGACAAGCCAAACGAACAAAGAGGAUCAGCACCAGAAACAGUGGUACGUCCUCUCUUGCACCGGAUCGAUGUGAGUGCCCCUGGACGUGGGAAAAGGAAAAAUGCUGUCACUAUGACCAUAGAGGAAGUUAGAAGGGUUGGAUUAACUCGGUUAAAGCAAUCAAAUAAAACAUGUGAUAAAUCUAGUACUUCUGAUAUUAACGUAGUAGGUAAUCUACAAGAAAAAAGAUCUAGACCAGAAACAUCAGCUGAUAGAUGGUGUAGUGGAAUAGCAAGAUCAAGUGAGGUUGCUGCAACAAGAAAAUCAAGGAAUGAUGCUGCUGUAUGUGUUUCUGAUCGCCUUAAUGAGAAAUCGAUUCCAGAUGAUGCUGUUGGCACGAGCACAUCUAAGCAAGGUGAUGAGAAAGAUUAUGAUGAGGCACCUGCUGGAGGUGCAGAAAGAGAUGGCAGACGAGAAGCGUCACCAAGAUGUGGAACUCCAUACUCAACUUGUGCUACACCUACUACUCGUACGACACUGAGACACGAAGUAUCUCCUAUAUGCAUGGGGGAUGAAUAUCAUAAACAGUCCUGCAGAAAGAACCUGUCUGCAAUGUCCUUAAUGAAAGAACUUGAUGACCUUCGUACUGGUUCAUCGGAACCAUGUAGUGGAAUGAGAGAAUCGAGGAAGAGGAAGGAUAUCACAACUAUAAGAGUCCUGUUUAGCCAGCACCUGGAUGUGGAUGUUGUCAACAAGCAGAAAAAGAUAUUGGCUCGGCUGGGGGGUACAGUUGUAUCCUCUAUGUUAGAUGCUACACAUUUUGUCGCAGAUGAGUUUGUCCGCACAAGGAAUAUGCUAGAAGCAAUUGCUUCCGGGAAACCUGUGGUUACUAGCUCUUGGAUUGAAAGUUGUGGACAAGCUAGUUGUCUCAUCGACGAGAAAAAUUACAUACUUAGAGAUGCGAAAAAGGAAAAGGAGUUUGGCUUCUGUUUGCCAGUUUCUCUGGCAAGGGCGUCUCAACAUCCACUUUUACAGGGACAAAAGGUCUUUGUUACCCCUAAUACGAAGCCUGGUAAAGACAUUAUAGUCAACUUGGUCAAGGCUGUUCAUGGUUUGCCGGUUGAGAGACUUGGCAGAUCUGUAUUCAAGGACGAGCAACUUCCAGACGAUUUGUUGAUUCUAUCUUGUGAGGAAGAUUAUGAAGCAUGUGUUCCUUUUCUUGAGAAAGGUGGCACCAUCUAUAGCUCGGAGCUGCUGUUGAAUGGCAUAGUGAAACAGAAGCUAGAAUAUGAAAGGCACGGCCUCUUUACUGAUCAUGUCAAGAGGACUAGAUCAACAAUGUGGUUGAAGAAGACGAACAAGUUUCUUCCUGUAAAGGGAUGAGGUUUGCUUCUUACUAGGGGCCGCCUCGUCGCUCGUUGCUGGCGAGCCUCUUUGCUGAUCAUGUCAAGAGGACUAGAUCGACAAUGUGGUUGAAGAAGACGAACAAGUUUCUUCCUGCAAAGGGAUGAGGUUUGCUUCUUACUAGGGGCCGCCUCGUCGCUCGUUGUUGCCGGCGAGCCAUAGCGUAUGUAUAAUCUAGUCUUGAAGUUCGUCUCAACAGUUCGUUCUACAUGUAGAGAUGGAUUCAGUUUUGUGAAUGAAAGUUGAUAUUGUCUGCA